AAUGCAACUCUAACAACUUCACCACCUUCGAAGUCUAACACCUACUCCACCUUUUUUCUUCCUUGGUUUCUUUAUAAAGAGCAAGCUGCAUAGCCACUUGCAUACUCAUCUAAAGAUCCCCAGGGACCUCAAAUACAGAAAUCAAAGGAUGUUCAACCAACCAUCACUUUCUAUUUUCAUUGCAGUGCUGAUUGCUACUGUAAACAUGGCAACAUAUUUGGCUGCAAUUAACCCUACUCUGGUCGGCGAAGAGCCUGUUCUUGAGUUGUACAUGCAUGACAUUCUUGGGGGGAGUAACCCCACUGCUAGGCCAAUCACCGGCUUGCUGGGAAACAUUUAUAGUGGCCAAGUACCCUUUGCCAAGCCAGUAGGAUUUAUUCCCCCAGACGGUGCAGUAGCAAUCCCUAACGCCAAUGGCGCUAUUCCAACUGUUAAUGGUAUCAAUGGCAUUCCACUGGGAACUGGCUUGGCUGGUACAGCUUUUGCAGGAAAUCCCAAUGGUCAGAACCCAAAUGGUCAAGUUCAAACCCAGCUGGGACCGGACGGGUUGGGACUAGGCUUUGGAACCAUCACUGUCAUUGACGACAUCUUGACCACCAGCCCUGAACUUGGUUCACAGCAACUGGGAAAAGCUCAAGGAGUUUACAUUGCAAGUUCUGCAGAUGGGAGCACACAGAUGAUGGCAUUUACAGCGAUCUUUGAAGGAGGAGAAUUUGGGGACAGCCUCAACUUCUAUGGCAUAUACAAGAUUGGAAGUGCAAUGUCACAUUUGUCAGUGACUGGUGGAACAGGUAAGUAUAAAAAUGCUGUUGGAAUUGCAGAGUUGCGAGGACUCAUUCCACCUGGUCAGCAUGCCAUAGACGGUGCAGAAACAUUACUGAGGAUAAUUGUCCAUCUAAAACACUAAGCAUGUUGUAUAACUGGAUUAAAUGUGGGAUUGUUGUAAAAAUGAAUGUUUCUGAUUUCUCUUUGUUAAUGGUUCUGUAGUAAUGCAUCUGUAUUAGAUGCUUCCAACAGAAAUGGUGAUGGAAUACAGCAUAUGGUUGGUUGCUUUUUUUGAUUUCCACAAGG